AUGCAAAGCUACUCUUCAUUUGAUUCCACGGUUUUAGUAACACCGGGAAGUAGUUUUAUGUUAUCACAAUCUCAACCACAAACACCAGUAACAGCAACAGGAAGUUCCUCUGAAAUAGAUCGUUUUCCAAGAGAAGAAUUUUCAUUCCUACCACAUAUUUUACAAAUUCUUGAUAAAGUAGAAACAGGUAAAAAUGAACAAGAAAUAAAAGCAAUGAUGAGAAAAUUAAAAGAUAAAGUUAAUCGAUGUCAAAAAAUAUUAGAUGAUUUACCUGGAGCUGAUUUAUCAAGAGAACGACAAGAAAGAUUAAAAAAUGAAGACAAAGAAAUAUUAGAAAAUAAAAAGAAAAGGCGUCAAAGAUAUUUAGGAUUACAAAUUUUUCAAACUGCAGCUGCAAUAUGUUAUAAUAAUCAAAAUAUUCAAAAUAUUCAAAGUAAUCCACCUAAUCCAGAUAAUCCAAUUAAUCCACUCGAUCAAUCUAAUCCGAUUAAUCCACUUGACUCACUUAAUUCACUUGAUUCACUUGGUUCAAUUGAUCCAAUUGACUCACUUAAUUCACUUGAUUCACUUAAUUCAAUUUCAAUUCUUCCACUUGAUUCACUUAAUACACUUGAUCCAUUAAAUCUAAUUGAUCCACCUAAUUCAUCAAAUCAAAUUAGUCUACUUGAUUCACUUGAUACAUUUGAUGCAAUUAAUUCACUUGAACUUGAAUCAAUUAAUCAAAUUAAUCCUGAUACUACUACUACUACUACUACUACUACUGUAAAUACUGUUCCAACAGAAGAUAAUAAUCAGAUGGACACUACUGAAGGUUAA